AUGGUUUUGAUUGAUUUAAAGCGUGAUAUGAUUCAAGUGAUUGUCUCACCGCAUUUGGCUUCGAAGUUCAAGGCUGAACUUGCAGUUGGAAUCGAGGGAAUGUUCCAAUCUAGUCUGUUAGUUGAUAUUGUUGAAGGAGUUACCGAAAUCUGCCAGACCCAAAUUAAUGCUGAUAACAACAAAAACAAGGUUAUUUUUACAAUAAUUGAUAUGAGGUAUAAACUUAAAGUUAUGGCAAUAGACGGGAAAUUCAAAGCAAGGUUGCUUCAGGUUGCAAUCGCUUCUCAAAAUCACUUCAGGUUUGAAAGGAAAUCGAUUGAGAAAGAAAUCAUCAAGGAAAUCGAACAAAUCAUCAAGUUAGCGAUUUAUCAAGUGGCACUCUCAGAAUAUCUCAUUAACAAAGAUUGCAGAACAUCAUGGACCAACAUGCUAUGA